AUGCCGUCUGCAGCUCUCACCUUACGACCUCAGGCAACGGUGUCAGAUCAGUCGCGCCGCCACAGCAAGCAGCAGCAGCGCCGCGCCGCACCUGCACCCGCACCUGAAGGCGAGCCACGGCGCGCCAGCCCGGCGUCAGACCUCCCGUCCUUCGCUUACAGCCGAUCAGUGAGGCACAACGUGACUAGUGGCGGCAGUGAAGAAGGGGCGGCGACGUGCUCGGUGUGCCUCGCCGCAUUCCAGGUCGGGGAGACAGUGCGGCUGCUACCGGUGUGCCUGCAUUUGUACCACGUCGAGUGCAUCGACCCCUGGCUGGACGUGCACUAG